AUGCUGAUCAACCUCGAUUUCUCCGAUGCAAAUAUGGGUUUCCUAUCACAACGAGCCACAGAGGCAGUUGGCGGACUGGACCUUCCAUGGAGAUUCGCACCGAGAGGGGACUAUGAUGCAGAUCAUAACCCAAAUGGUUUGAUAUCAUUUGGCACAGCUGAACAUGCUUUGGUGACGGAGGAUUUGAAGGAGUUCACAGACAAGAAUGUCGUCAUCUCCCAUGAGGAUUUCCUCUAUCGAGGUAGCCAUGCAGGGGGUUCUCGCUUCCCCAAAGCACUAGCGGCCCAUCUCAAUGAAUACCUUCAACCUUAUAGCCCUGUGACUCCUCAUAUGAUUCGGUGCGUUGGUGCUGCUACCGCAAUGCAUGAUAUUCUCGCAUGGGGAAUUGCAGACCCUGGUGAUGGUGUCCUGACUAGCAGGCCUGUAUAUGGCCGAUUCGAGCUUGAUUUCGGCAACAUGUCUCAAGUCAGAGUCGUAUACUCCAACAAUACGAUAGAAGAAGCGUUUCAAGAUGACAUUGUCGAAAAGUUCGAGGAAGCGUUGUUGCGCUCUCGAAAGGCCGGCGUCAAUGUCAAGAUGGUGCUAAUCGUUAAUCCCCACAACCCCCUUGGACGCUGUUAUCAUAAAUCAACGCUCAUCAGUAUAAUGCAAUUCUGUCAAAAGCAUAGACUGCAUCUUCUGAGCGAUGAGAUAUACGCCUGCUCCGUCUUCGAUACAGACGAGCCCGCAGACCCCUUUGCCUCGAUACUUUCAAUCAAUCCGACGGAUCUUAUAGAUCCGGAACUUCUUCAUGUCACCUAUGGUCUAAGCAAAGACUUUGGUGCAGCUGGUCUUCGGCUUGGUGCCAUAAUCACUCGCAGCCAACCUGUCCUCCGGGCUAUCGAAGCGGCCAUGCGAUUCAAUAACCCCUCUGGAGCCAGCUUAGCUAUCGGAAGUGCCAUGCUUGAGGAUCGAGAGUGGUGUCGAGCUUUUAUUGACUCUUCACGGCUGAAGCUUGCCCAAGCCCACCGCCACAUCACGUCCCAGCUCCGUGACAUGGGUAUCAAGUACUUACCCGGCAGCAACGCAGGGUUCUUUAUCUGGGUUGAUCUAUCCCCGUACCUUCCAUCCGAUUUCGACGGAGAUUCGAAUCAAGAAUUUGCUCUGGCGAAAAGGUUUCACAAGAUGGGUGUGUUUCUGCACCCUCGCGAGGAGCAUUCUAUCGAGCCGGGAUGGUUCCGAAUGGUAUAUUCGCAAGAUCCAAGAACUGUUACCGAGGGGCUUCGGAGCCUGAAUGGCAGUGGAAAAGGAUAA